AUGGUUAAAAUUAUCAUCUACGAUAAAAAUGAUAAAAAAUUCGUCAGCUGCAGGAUUCGAACCUGCGCGGGUAAACCCAAUGGAUUUCAAGUCCACCUCCUUAACCACUCGGACAAACUGACUCAACUGAUAGAAAUAAAAACAUUAUAGUUAAAAAAUUCGUCAGCUGCAGGAUUCGAACCUGCGCGGGUAAACCCAAUGGAUUUCAAGUCCACCUCCUUAACCACUCGGACAAACUGA